GGGUCUGAAUAUAUCGACAACUAAAUUGGCGAGAGUUCCAACGUUACUUAAAAUCAUGAAACUCUUUCUUCUUUAUAUAUGUACCAACGAAACGAAUAACGUUCUAAACCCUGUAGUUACUACUUCUCUCUUAUAUACUUGUUAGCUAAAAAGAAUUUCAGUUCAAUAUGUGAGAGGAAUUUAGCAGUUGAGAUUCAAUAAAUUAAAUGAAAAUACCUUUAGAAUACAUAGGUCAGCUAUAUCUGAGCGUACCUAAAAAGAAUAAACGCAUUGACCAAAACUGUGAAUGCAUCAUCAACUUUUAUUUACAAUCUAAUAAUUAUUUUAGAAAAGACUUUUAGACAUCAGGAUCUCGAUGGAUAUAUUUAAUUCACCUUUCUUUUGAUGGUAGUCUUUGAGUAAGGAAGCUCAAACAAUGAUUGUUUCGUUUUUUGUUCAUUAGUGAAUGAAAAGAGAAGUGAAAACAAAACUAGAUGGUGCUUUCAUUACUGAAUUAGAAAUGAAUGUUGGAAUUAAGUCUUUGCAUAAACCUGUCCUAAACAAUGAUUACUCCAAAAUUUGAAUUGCGGCAAGAUGCAGACUUUAUUUAUUUGAGUAUUCAGGCUCCUCAUAUUAAGGCGCAAAAUGCUGAAAUUGAGGCGAUGGGAUCAGAGAUCCACUUUUGCAUUGCUCCAUAUUUUUUGAAAUUAGAGCUUCCAGGAAACGUCUUAGACGAUGAACGAGCUCAUGCUUCCUAUGACAUUGGAAAAGGAAUGAUACAUAUUAAAUUUGCAAAGGAAAAUCCCGGCGAAGAAUUUCCUAAUUUAGAUUUAUUGACAACCUUGCUUGCCAAUAAAGAAAGGCCGGAGGCACCAAAAAAAGCAUUGAUUGAAGAAGUAAACGAUAUCCCAUCUGCAGCAAAUACGGAAGGAGAUGUACAAGCGGACGAUAUUAAUCCAGAAAUAGACUGGAGAAAUAUUCGUUUUGAUGACCCAGAUUUUGAUUGGGGUUUGCUUCAAAGAAUGGAAGACAAGAAGAUGAAGUAUACAUCUACAGUGAAUUACGGAUUUAACGAUCAAUAUACUGGAUUGCUUAAAUACUUGGAGGGAAAUGAGAUUAAUGUGUUGCCGGAGCCUGAAGUUACAGAUCCGCUACAGAGGAGCGAAAUCCGGAAGCAAACAGAAGAUGAAAAGUUUGACCCGGAGUACUAUUUAGCUGAUUUUCAUGAUCAUGAGAUGAUUGAUGAAUUGAUUGCUUACACCCCUAAGUAUGUUGAAUUGUACAGGCAUGCUAAAGCCGGUGACCCAAUAUCUUUCGAAUUUACCGAGAAUGAAAAGCAAAAUUUACUUUCGCUUCCUAGAAAAUCGUACAUUAUUGAAAAUCCAAAAAGAAUUUACCUUAAUCUGGUGGCAUUGAUUUUCGCUUAUGCUUAUGAUCAUCGGACAACUUUAGGUGACCCUAGCAGUGAAUCUGGCUGGAAUAUAGGAAUAAUGGCUCCUAAUGUUGCAUGCCUUGAUACAAAUUUUUCUACCAUCCACGAUGUAGCCUGUGCAUGCUUCCGUCGGGCCUUGGCCUAUCCUUUGUAUCGAAAUUGGAAUUUGGUAGAGACAUGCUGGAAGGAUACUCAUGCCAUUCUCAGCUUAGGAAAGAGAUGGAUUUUGCGCGUUUUACUUGGUAUAAAAUCGUUAUUUGAACAUCAUGAUGUGUACUACAUCUACAACACCAUGAUUAUUAAUGACUAUGCUUAUUGGAUUCAAACAGCAAAUGACAAUGUACUAGAAGCUCUGACUUAUCAGGUUAUGGAAUAUAUGCCAAAAAAGUCUGAAAUUGGAUGGCAAUUAGAAGAGUUGGAAACAGAGAGUAUACAACAAAUGGAAACGGAUAAUGAUGGGGAGGAUUAGGUUCAUACCAAAAUCAAAGGAGUGAAAUAUCAAGGAAUGUAUUGACUAGUAUUCCAGGAAUAUAUGGGAAAUGAAAAAAAACAAUGCUGUGACGUAAAAGGAAGCGGCAAUUCAUAAUCAAUAACCAGAAAAUAAAAAAAAAAAAAAAAAGAACAAGAAAACGGCGAUAGUGAAUUAUCAAAUCAUAAUACGGAUACGGAGAAAUUAGAGGAGUAGCCAGUUGUAAAACACAAAUUAAGUUACAAGUACCCACAAAAGGAAAAAGACUAUUAGUAUGCCGAAGACUUUGAACAGUAACGCACGAUUCGAAGAUACCCUAUCGUAAAACUUCAGGAUUUCUCUUUGAGCACUACCUAUGUUCGAGGCUAUAUCGUCAGUGUAAAGAUCAAUUCUUUGGACCGUUUCACGUUGUUCGGACACCAUUUGAGCUAAUUGAGAAAAAAUUCCACCAAGUUCAGAAAUGGUACUUUCAAUGCUUUCGAUGGAAGACAUCCUUUGUUGUGAGUAAACAUCUGUUUGAUUUUCCAACAACGCCAUUUGUUCGUAUCUGGUAUUUGCACCUUCUCCUAAAUUUAAAGCGAGGUAGUCUUCAUUUGGCUCAGAUUCAUCAUAAUUAAAAGGUGAUGCAGUCGCAUCAUUGUUGGUAAGAGGGUUGGUGUUUAGAGAAGUAGAAGCAACAAACUUUUCUGUUCGGUUUUGGGAAGCUUUCAUAUUUUGUGUGCGAACUUCCAAAAUAUCUUUAAAAUUCAUACUGGUAUCAGCAAGGGAGUUUUGGAGAGAAACGACAAUGUUCUCAUUGUGCUGGUUGAUUUGGGCAGGCUUAUUUCGAGACCCCUUUGAGGUUUGACGAACAAUUUGUUGCAGAGAAGCAAUGUCUGAGUUUAAAGAUGACAGACUUUGUUUAAUAUGGUAUGUCAGUUCCUGAAUUUCCACUGGCCGAUCAUCAAACAAUGUUUUCCUUUUGGCGACUAAACCGACAGUUAGUAUUCCUAUGACAACACUUUAAUAAUGAACAUACGCUGCGAUAAACGUUGUAGAUGUUUUCCAGUCUCGUUGAUCUUAUAAGCUAUUUUUUUCGCAACUGUUGUAAAUUCGCUCUUUUGAUGCUUUGCUUGCAACGCAUUGUUCAUCGUUGCAUUUGAAGAUGAAAUCCUCAUUCGAGCUCUGGUAUUUGCAACACAUGCUUGAAAUUCUGUAGUUCUAUCCUGAAAUGACAUGAAUAAAUCCUAGUAAAGUACGUUUUACUCAAUGUCGUCUAGAAAAGCUUGUGAUGUGUGGAAAGCUGGAGGUGGCUGUCUUCUCAGGUUGAAUGGAUCAGUAAACCAAAUAUGGUAAUUUUAUUUCGUAUCUUAAAAGAAUAAGAAAAAGAAAGCAUAAGAUAAGAACAUUAAUGAGAAAAUAGAAAUUUGUCUUUUGGGCUAAACCUAUUUGGAUGGGAGUAAACACUCUUGUGGACAUUUAUUUAUUUACACUACUUUCCGAAUGUAUAAUAGAAACUAGUGCGGAUAAAUGGUAAUACUAGAUUAAAAACUAUGGUUCUCGUAGUUUGCCAAGGCUGAGUUCUAUCCUUUAAGGAUCGUAGUCUUGAAUCUUUUCAAUUCUUGUGCUCCAUGCAAGUAAGUCUUCAAAACGAUGAAGAUUCAAUUGGCGAUAAACGAUGACUAAAGGAGAAUCAACGAAAUUGGGAGGGUGCAUAUGCCGUAUGAGAGAAGUUGUACUCGAUUUUAAAAGGUUUAUAAAAAGAGUCAAUGACUGGUCAUCGUUUAUGCUUUCAAUUAUUAGCAGAGUUAAAAUGUAAAAAAAUCUUUUAAUUCAGACUUCCUAGCGAGUGAGACGAAAUAAGACAAAAAUCGAGGAAUUACCUAUAGAGUCUUCAAUGGUUAGGGAAUUUUUUUGUGAAAAGUAUCGUUCCAAUAUAUUCACAGUAGCAUUAAACUUGAUUGUCGGCUCUAUUUUAUCCUGUUAAGGCCUUACGA